AUGGCCGGACCACGCAGGUGCCAUCUUUUGGUGAUUUUUCUCUUGCAGGUGACAUUAAAUGCUUUUGCAACCCCAACACUGGAGGGGCCAGCAAAUGUUAAAGACUGUGAAAGACAGUUCACAGAAAAGUGCGGGAUCGAAGUAGGAAACAGCAUUUUCAAUAAUGGAUUUUUGAGUGAUGAUUGUUGUCGAGAUCUUGUAAAGUUGGGUAAACCAUGCCACGAUACCUUCCUCAACACGUCCCUUGCGGCACGUCAUCCUAGUGCAAACAAAGCUCAAACUUUGGCAAAGGGCGAAAAAAUUUGGACAGAGUGCGUUGCCAUCGACAAUUCAGACAAACACGAGACCAAGCCGGUAAAGGAAUGCUUGGAAAAGUCCCCCCUAAGUGCGGAGAGGAAAUAG